GCAGCCGCAACAGCAGAUCUAGCUUUGAAGCUGAAGGAAAAAAAAAAAAACCAAGAUAAUGUCGCCACCAAGUAGUGUUUUUGCUAUGCUUCAAGAAAAUGUGAGGAAGCCUCGCUUCUGCAAGUCUUUGUCUUUAGGAGAAACUUGGAAAUCUAAAUCCAUGAGAAUUAUUCCUGAGGAGUUUUUGAGAAGCACGCUUGGUGCUAUUAAGCACAGAGUGGUGUUUAGUGUCUCUUGGGGAAAUUCGUGGCAACUCUGGCUCCAGCAAGACAAGAACGGUGGUCUGGUCAUGGAAAAAGAAGACUGGGAUGAGUUUGUGGAUGACAACUUGUUAAGUCCAAAGGAUGUGUUGUUCUUCACACACGAAGACACAAUGUUUAUUCAAGUGCGAAUCUAUAAACAAGAUUUGCACAUCUUCAAAGAGAUCGUCUCGGUACCUCUUGAAGCUGAGCCUAAAGAAUCUGAACUUCUAAACACUAAGCCUCAGACUUCUCACGAGGAAACAACCCCUGUCUUUGCUUCUGCCUCUUCCUCUGCUGCCUCUGCAAGUGGAGCUACACAGGGUUAUGCUCCUGUCCUAAAUGUCAAAAACCCCGAGCAGUACCUCUUCAACCCCAACAAUCCCUACUUUGUGAAGACAUUAACUAAAAAGAUCGAUGUUCUGUAUGUGAGCCAUCCGGUGAUUGAGAAGUAUGGCUUGAACUUUGGUCCCCAUAAAUCCCCCAUGUAUUACAUCAUCCGCGACCAAAAACACGAUGCUUUCACUAAGAUCUACGGUCGUAACCCUUGUUUCAGCCACUGGGCGGCUCUGUGUAAGAAGUACAACCUGAAACAAGGAGACAGUGUGGUCUGUGAGCUUGAACGUACAGGAGGUGUUGUUACUGCUGUUAGAGUCCAUUUGGGCAAUGAAUGAAAGAGACCGAGACCUCUCUAUUCUCAUUUCCAUGAGUUAGCUUUCUAAUCUUAAGUGUUUACCAACCUCCUACUAAUUCUAUAUUGCUUAAUUUGACCUCUUUAUGUUAUUAGUUAAACUUAAAGAGCUUUCUUUUGACUCUUUGAUUAAUAGGAUGCUUGGUAUGAACUUCCCUUUAAGAUGU